AUGCCUCCAUUUGUCGAGCCACUGCAACAGACCCGCAAAGGCUUUCUUGAAGACCUCGGCAAACAUGUCCUGACCUUUGAUCUGGAAGGUAGCGAGCAGGAGUGCCAUAUUUGCAGAGAAACUUUCCUAGACUACGGUGGCUCGGCGGAAGAUGGCAGCGAGCGAGCUGUAGUCAUCCACGACAAGCAUGUCCUAGGAGAAAAGUGCGCACGCAUUUGGUUCACCGGCAUCAACAACUGCACUCAUUGCCGCACCAUUCUCUUCCCCAAGAGCAGGCCUAGCGACAAGGAACUGCCAGGUCAAACGCCAUUCGACGAGAACGCCUACGAAGAAGAGCACAAUGACCAAGAGCAAGACGACACUGCCCGGCUCUCCGACCGCGUUCUUCUCUUGCGGCUUCGGAAGAACAUCAAGUCUCACCUUGGAAAUCUCGACGCGUUCAACGAUAUGGCGUUGGACCACCUGCUUGAUACCUUUGGUUCGAAUAAUGGAAACGCUCGAUUCCGGAGCCUCAUCAACGCGCUAGACUUCAGGAGCAGCCGAUACAUCAGCGGCGAGACAGUCGACGACGUGGACUACCUGCACUACUCACGUCGAUUUUACCGACAAGAACGCUCUGAAGUAUGCUAUACUAUCCGCGCCGCCAACUUCAACUCCAAGAUCUGGCAUUGGUUCGUGACGAGCUUGAGCGUCCGCAAGGCUACACGUCGGACCCAGGCAUUCAAGAUCCAGGACCAUGCCUUCGUUCCAAAGCUCGUUUUCGAGAUCUUUGAAGUGAUCCGUGAGCUUGACGGCUCGGUCGUAAGCAUCUCAGAGUUCGUCAAGAUUCUAACGAGAAGAUUCGGUGAACUCGGAAUGCCUGACUGCUGGCAGACGGAGAGUCUCAAGAAUUACAGGGACGAUCUCGUGUCUGUGGUGGUCACAGUGGUGAAGGGAGAACAGGUGGUAGAAGAUAGAGCCGGAAUGGGCGGAGUGGUGGGGUCAUGGAUGGACGGCGUGGAGGUGGCGAAUCUUCAGGUUGCUCUGUGGUAG